UCCUCCUUCUCCUCCCUCUCCUCCCCCCUCUUCCUCUCUUCCCUCCCUCUAUCCCGCCCUCCCGUCAAGAGCCUACCCACAAUGCCUUGCAAACUGCAACGUAGCCGGAAGAUGGCGGCUGCAGUGUAGCCGUGAGGACCGCGGCCACCGAGGCUCCUCCAGAGAUUCUCCGCCUCCUCGGGCCCCGGCGGCGUUGGAGGCUCCGACCCCUCUGCCCCAGCCCUCAGCCUGGCCGAUCCCUCUUGCCGCCUUCGGUUCCUCCAGAAUCAUGGCAAGUCCGAGAACGAGGAAGGUUCUUAAAGAAGUCAGAGCACAAGAUGAAAACAAUGUCUGUUUUGAGUGUGGAGCAUUCAAUCCCCAGUGGGUGAGUGUGACCUAUGGGAUUUGGAUCUGCCUGGAAUGCUCAGGAAAACAUCGAGGCCUAGGAGUUCACCUCAGUUUUGUGCGCUCUGUUACCAUGGACAAAUGGAAGGACAUUGAGCUUGAGAAGAUGAAGGCUGGGGGAAAUGCCAGAUUUCGGGAAUUCCUGGAAUCCCAAGAAGAUUAUGAUUCUUGUUGGUCAAUGCAGGAGAAAUACAACAGCAAAGCUGCAGCUCUUUUUAGGGACAAGGUAGCUACAUUAGCUGAAGGAAAAGAAUGGUCACUUGAAACAUCUUCUGCUCAAAACUGGACUCCACCUCAACCUAAAAUGGCUCUAUCCUCAGCUCACCGUACUUCUGGCCAAUUGCAAAAUACAACUGCCUCUUCAGACAAAGCUUUUGAAGACUGGUUGAAUGAUGAUAUCAACUCAUAUCAAGGAGGCCAAGAGAAUCGCUAUGUUGGGUUUGGUAACACAGUACCUCCUCAGAAAAAAGAUGAUGACUUCCUCAAUAAUGCCAUGUCAUCACUGUAUUCGGGCUGGAGCAGUUUUACAACUGGAGCAAGCAAGUUUGCUUCUGCGGCUAAAGAAGGUGCUACAAAAUUUGGAUCCCAAGCAAGUCAAAAGGCUUCAGAGUUAGGUCACAGUUUAAAUGAAAAUGUUCUCAAACCUGCACAGGAAAAGGUGAAAGAGGGAAAGAUUUUUGAUGAUGUGUCCAGUGGGGUAUCUCAUUUGGCAACCAAGGUUCAGGGGGUUGGCAGUAAAGGAUGGAGAGAUGUCACUACCUUCUUUUCAGGAAAAACAGAUGAGCCCUCAGAGAGACCACCUGAGGGUGGUAGUUACCAGAACAGUGGAGGAGGACACUACCAGAACAGUGCUAUAGAUCAGCAUUUCUGGGAAACUUUUGGAAACUCAGAUCUUCCCAAGACCCAUAAAUCACCUAGCAGUGACAGCUGGACAUAUGCAGACAAUUCCACAGAGAAGAAGAGCUCAGAUAGCUGGGAUAUCUGGGGCUCAGGAACAGUCUCCAACAACAAAAACAGUAAUAACAGCGACAGCUGGGAGAACUGGGAAACCAACUGGGAAAGUGCUGGAGGGGAGGGCAAAACUACUAAGGCCCCGAAGAAGGCAGCCAAAGCAGCAGCAUCCUCCGACGAAGGGUGGGACAACCAGAACUGGUAGACACAGCCCUGGCUGCUGGUGGAGAGAAAUCCCCCGAUGGUUAGAGGUCAUCUUGUGCUUAGUCUUCAUUUUUCCCAAUGUCUGUUUUACCUGAGACAAAAUAACCCACGAAGCAAAGUGAGAUUCCUUAGGUGAUUCAGCACGGCCAUUGCUCUCCAGUCAUCACAGCUCUUUGCAGGCACCUGAGCUCUCCUGAGCCACUGUUUUGAAGCCAGAUGACUUUCUUCAGGUGUCCUGCCCCAGAAACAUCCAGUUCAAAAGUGCAAGCACUUUCUUGUGGGCCUGUACUGCAUGUGCAAUUUUUCUAGAAUUUCUUGUGCAGCCAUCAUUCUAAUGAUGUGUUAGAGAGAGUCCAGGACAGGAUGAUGUCAUCACGGUGCAAGAGAAAGAACUACAGUUCUUUGAAUGAAGAAUGAAAGACAUUCAUUGGAAUGACACUAAAUAAAACAUCUUCCUGAAUUGUUGGGACUGAAUGAAAUUAUGUGACAUGUUUUUGAUCUUGUAUGAAAUGUCUUUUUAAAUUGAAAUGCCUUUUAAGUUUAAAGGGUUUUGAUUUAUUUUUUUCAUUGUUCUCUAGAAAGAAUUCCUAGAGUUGGAAAACUGAAAAAUAUAGAAAGCAAUAUCAUGACAACACUGACCUUUGGCCAUCCUGCCCCUAUUUGGAUGUCCACAUAGUCACUGUUGCCUUUUCUCUGUCUCUUAACAAUUUCAGAUCCGUAUGCCCAUUGUUCAAAUCCCUCAGGUUGAUAAUAUUUAUAAUGCAAAACUUAACUUAAAACAUUAUUACAAAAGAAUACUCUUCUGCCAUUCCUUUUUACCUUUCUACUCUAACUUGCUAACAUGAACACUCUAAUUAGUAACUUUUUCCUUAGCAUUUCUCACAGUAGCUGUUUUGAGGUCUCUUUACCACUGUCACAUCCCUGGAUUUGAACUUUAAAUCGUUGUUAAUACCAUAAAGGAAUGCAAGUGGGACAGUAUCAAAAUGAAAGGAGUAAAAAUAAGAAACCAUUAAAUAAAAUGGCAAACCACUUUGGAUUCAAAUAUAAAUGUUAUUUUUAAUCUCCAUUCUGGCUCUCCAAAGCUAGUUUUACUUUAUUUGUUGUAAAGCUAGUCAUUAGAAUAACCUCUGCUUUCUUUUGCUUCCUGCCUGCUUGCUCUGGGUUAUACCUAAGAAAGUGAUUCUGUUUUUAUUCUUUCAUGCUAGUGCUGUAGUUCAUUCAUCAGUGUAGUGAGCAUUAAAUUUUAAUUCUGACUGUGAUUAUAACAAAAUUGCCCAAAAGAAUAAUUUUAUAGGGAAAUGUACCAGAGAAGCAGAUUUUUACUAUUCUAAAUAUGUGACUGUGCUUUUCUCUAGGCAUCCUACAAAUUUUCUUUGCUGUUUAAGUGUUAAUAUAGCUUUUUUAAAAUCAGUUUUGGAACUCAUGUAAACCUCCAAUCAUGGUGCCAUGGAUGAAAAUCCUCCUCAGAAAAUGUGACACCCUUUUAAACCUUUGACUGACUUUCAUAGAACUUUUACACUCCCAAGAGGAGUGAUAUUUAUUAUCUACGCAAGCUUGUUCAUGUUAACUCUUUGGUAUUGAAAAAUUUGGUCAAAAACCACAAGGAAGGAUUCCUUUUUUGGGGGGUGGAGGUGGGAAGGGCAUUCCUUUCAAAUCAUAAUUGUACUAGAUCUUGGUUACCUAGGCAGUGUCAGGUUUUGAAGAUGGAAAAAUCAUACUUUGUAUAUUUGAAGUUGAUGCCAUUGCUGUCACUGCACCAUUUUCUCCUGUUUCAAAUUAACAUUUAACUCUUUGAUGUUUUGAUUUUGAUUUUUUUAUUUUUUUUUAUUCUGCUAUCUUUCCUUUUUUAAGUGUCUUCUCUAUGUCUACAGUUACUGAAUCUUCUAGUGAGCUAUUUUUACUUGUCCAUAUGGGAGUUUUGUUUGGUUUAAAUGUACUAGUUUAACUGAAACCUUCUUUCCACCACCUCUGUAGUCUUCUACAUGGAGACCUCUUUUAGACAAGGAACAAAAUAGAUCUUAACAAAACAGAUCUGUAUUUUGAUGAUAGGAAUUUCUGUCAUGAUGGCCAAGAUUCUUUGCUCUUUUAGGAAUGCCUAGCCUUUUUUCAUCCAUCCUGUCAUUUUGUUUGGAAGACUCCGCAGUUUAAGUGCAUGUUAACAUGAAAUAAUUUGAUUGAUUGUCCGUUAAUCUUUUUGCAUCAACUUUUACCUCUUUAUCACUUGUCAUCUGCAGAUUUUUGAAACAGUAGUGCAUGUAACCUGAAAGCCUUGUUGUCUGACUUAAAUAUGAAGUGUUUUCCCCCCCUUUCUUGACUAGCAGUAUAUAUAUAUUGUAUGAUGGUAGCAGUAUUCAUGUGAACAGAAGUCACUCAGUGGAUUGGGUCAUCUAAUUGUUGUUGAAAUUAUCCAUCACCUCAAAUGAUCCAUGGACAUUUUGACUUUCUGUGUGCUUUCUUAUUAUUGAAUUUUAUCGAUCACCUUCCCAUAUCAAGAUAGACUUUUAGAUGAGCAAAAAUCUUUUGCAUGUUCUUUUUGUUUUAACAUUCCAUUUCUUUAUCCUUUUGUGCUUAUGUUAAUAUUUAGGCCCAUCAGUAACUAUUUCAUAUUUCUAGGAUUUAUGUAAGUCUAAAUCAAUUCAUGAAGUGGAAUAUUUUUAGCCCAUACCUCAGUGAAGCACAACUUGAUGAAAGUGAAGUUUUUCUAGAAGAAAAAUAUUCCUGAGGCUGAAUGCUCCAGGAGGUAUGGUUGGCAGUCACCAAGUAUUGCUAUAAGUGUUUGUUCAAAUAGCAUUUCAAAGGAGUGUAUGAGUAGGCCAGUAAUAAAAACAAGUCAACUUUCA